AUGGCUCUUAACAAACUUAGUAUUGAUGCUCUUAAUUUAAGUGGAAAGCGUGUUUUGAUGAGGGUGGAUUUUAACGUACCACUAAAAGAUGGUGUCAUUACGAACAACCAGCGUAUUGUUGCUGCAUUGGAUUCUGUUAAAUACGCUUUAGACAAAGGUGCAAAAUCUGUAGUUCUUAUGUCACACCUUGGUAGGCCAGACGGUCAAGCAAAUCAAAAGUAUACAUUGAAACCAGUAGCUGAGGAACUUAAGAAACUUUUAAACAAGGAUGUACAAUUUCUAUCAGAUUGUGUGGGUACUGAAGUAGAAGCAGCUUGUGCAGAUCCACCAGCAGGCUCAGUGAUAUUACUUGAAAAUCUUCGUUUCCAUAUUGAAGAAGAAGGCAAAGGUGUGGACGCCAGUGGUGCCAAGGCAAAAGCAGAUCCCGAAAAAGUUAAGGGUUUUAGAGCAAGUUUGAGGAAGCUUGGUGAUGUCUAUAUUAAUGAUGCUUUUGGUACUGCUCACAGAGCCCAUAGUUCUAUGAUGGGUGAAGGGUUUGACCAAAGAGCCAGUGGCUUCUUGCUUAAAAAAGAACUUCAAUAUUUUGCUAAAGCACUGCAUGAACCAGAAAGGCCUUUCCUUGCUAUUCUUGGAGGUGCAAAAGUGGCAGAUAAAAUCCUUCUUAUUGAAAAUUUGUUAGACAAAGUGAAUGAAAUGAUCAUUGGAGGUGGUAUGGCUUAUACUUUCCUCAAAGAAACCAAGGGUAUGGCUAUUGGUAAUUCAUUAUAUGAUGCAGAAGGUGCAAAAAUUGUAGUAAAACUGCUAGAAAAAGCAGCUAAGAAUAAUGUAAAGGUUCACUUGCCAGUUGACUUUGUAACUGCGGAUAAAUUUGAUGAAAAUGCUCAGGUUGGAACAGCUGAUGUUGAGUCUGGCAUCCCUGAGGGCUGGAUGGGCCUUGAUGUUGGACCCAAAUCUAGAGAACUAUUCGCAGAACCCAUUGCUAGGGCUAAAGUUAUUGUAUGGAAUGGACCAGCUGGUGUGUUCGAAUUUGAGAAGUUCGCGGGCGGAACUCGUGCUCUCAUGGAUGGGGUUGUGAAGGCGACUGUCAACGGAGCCGUUACUAUUAUUGGCGGAGGCGACACAGCCACGUGCUGCGCGAAGUGGGGGACGGAGGACAAGGUGUCCCACGUGUCCACCGGCGGCGGCGCCUCCCUAGAACUGCUUGAAGGUAAAGUGCUUCCAGGCGUGGCAGCUUUAUCCGACGCA